GGAAGGUAAUAUAGAGAAAAGGGAAGACAAUGGAUUGAUUAUUCAAGCAAACUGCGAAUUCAUGAAGAUCAUAGUGGCCGUCAAGAGAGUUAUCGACUAUGCCGUCAAGAUACGAGUCAAGCCUGACAAGACAGGCGUCGAGACGGCUAAUGUGAAAAUGUCGAUGAACCCAUUCUGUGAAAUCGCUCUCGAAGAGGCUUUACGAAUCAGGGAAUCUGGUUUGGCGUCGGAGGUUAUUGCCGUCACGAUUGGACCAUCUCAAUCUGUUGACACUCUACGAACCGGCCUCGCUAUGGGUGCUGACAGAGGAAUUCACGUCGACGCGGCGAUCGGUCUUAACCCACUAACCAUUGCCAAAAUCCUUAAAGCUCUCGUUCAUAUUGAAAACCCAGGGCUUCUAAUACUUGGGAAACAGGCCAUUGAUGAUGACUGCAAUCAAACAGGGCAAAUGGUUGCUGGCCUUUUGAAUUGGCCACAGGGUACUUUUGCUUCCAAGGUUAUUUUAGACAAAGAGAAGCAGGUAGCAACUGUUGAAAGAGAGGUUGAUGGUGGUCUCGAAACAUUAUGCUUAGACUUACCUGCUGUAAUUACGACGGAUUUGAGACUUAACCAACCGAGAUAUGCUACUCUUCCGAAUAUAAUGAAAGCAAAAUCGAAGGUGAUAAAGAAGUACACUCCAGAAGAACUGAAAGUGCAAAUAAAAUCGGAUUUGGAGGUUGUUCAGGUCACCGAGCCCCCCAAGAGGAAGACAGGGGUUAUCGUUUCUUCAGUAGAUGAGUUGAUUGACAAGCUCAAAAACGAAGCCUGCGUCAUUUGAUUGUUCUUAACUCUUUCUAUAGCGGCCAAUUCAUUUAGACUUGUAAUGAAUUUAGGUUCAGCUUAAUAUGAAUAAAUUUGAAGAAUUGAGUUCUAUCAUCAUCUAGGAGAACACUGAAAAGAAACAAGCAUUUCAAAUUUGGGUGGUUUGAAAAUGGGUUAGAUUUAUAUAUUAUAUCGAAACCUCAUUCUUCAUUGGCUUUU